AGAGCGACCGACAUACAAUAAUGCCUCCAAAUUUUUUUGUUUCUCAUGCUUUGGAAGAAGGACAGGACUGGAGGGCGUUUAUGGCUGGUAUUGCUACAUACCCCAACUUCAUGGUUGCUUGGUGGGAUGUUGAUACGGUCUUAUUGCCGAUUCAUUCAUCCCCUAAUCAUUGGCUAUUUGGGGAACUACGAUUAGCGUCAAUGGAAGUGCAUAUUUAUGACAGUCUUGGUAGAGGUGCUUAUGAAAAAUUCCAAUCCGAAGGAAUCUUUUCCAAAUUUGAACGUCGGGUGGCAAAUUAUUUGGACAAGAUUAAGUAUUGGGCCCGGAGGAACAUCCCAAGGAUUCCAUUGAAUAUGCAAUUCAUUUAUGAAGAAAACGUUCCCCAACAAAGUAGUCAUUUGGGAGAUUGCGGUGUUUUUCUUUGUAUGUUUAUGGAGCAAUUGGUUUCAGGUCAACCAAUACGUGUUCUUAUUGACCCAAAGAACGCAGCUUUAGAGUUCCGUCUCCGGAUGGCAAAAAUUAUUUGGGGGUCUAGUCUUGCUCCUCUGUAGUUGGAUUAUAUAAAUGUAUAUACAAAUUAAUGUUGGAUUUCAUUAUUAGUUUAUCUUUAGAGUUUACUCAACGGAUGACAAAAAAUAUAACGUUACGACAAUUACAACAA